ACUUCGAUGGCUGUUGGCCAGUGAAACGGCGUUUCAGUCAAGCUCCAGCAUCCGUUCACUGAGGAGCACUUCACAACACGCGCUCUCCGUACAGCUCCACGACGAACGAGCGUCAGCGCGUCCUCAACGGCGGUCUUCCAUCCUUUGGGCCAUAGGUGUGUGUGUGUGUGCCCGUGUGUGCGUGUGGCCCUAAGCCGGUGGCAACUUUAAGACAGCAAAAGUAAGGUCGGUCACGGUUUCGUUUACGCUUACGCUAACGGAUUGAAUAAACACACGGCCACGGCCGCGGCCGCCACACGGAAGUGCAGAGUGUAAAAAAGUGCAGAGCCCGAAAACGACCGGAAAUCAACUAAAUUGUCGUCACUCCAAUCAAGUGGAAAUUUGAUUAAAACGAAAGGCGAACCCAGAGAAGAGCGAGAGAAAGGAAAAAAUUUGAGUGAGAGUCUAUGAAAAGGUAGCGGCAGAAAAGGAAAUCAACACGCACGCACAUGAGCGAGCUUUCCUUUGGAAAACAUUAAAAAUCGAAAUCAGCGAAGCGUAAAACUUUCCACAAAAGCUAGCAAAAAACGUAAAGAACAAAAAACCCAUACAAAAGGUGAAACAAAGUGAGAGAACAAUAAUUUUUGUAGUGCCGAAGAAAGAAAGACUAAAGACCGCAACACAAGGAGCAGCUGACGGCCAGGAGUGGACAGGAUACUCUGCUUUAUUUUCUCCUUUCGGCCAAAGCAUCAAAUUAAGUGCAGAUUAUCAGAAGAUUAUAUUUUAAUAGCAUUUCAAGCUGUUGCCUUUCUUGGACCCAAAGGAAGUGGAAAUCUGACCCUACAACAACCACAGCCAUUUUGUGGCAGUGCCCUCUGCGUCCGUGUGUGUCUGUGUGUGUGUGUGUGUGUGCUACAAGUGCGGCUUAUUACAUGAUUACUGCCUCGUACAAGGGAAAAUAUACGUAUCUAAUGCAAACACACAAAAUACAUACAUGAAAGAAAGCGUGCAAGAAAUUGAAAUUAAAAGAGGAAUUAAGUGUCGCGUGUGCUAUCUUUGUGUGUGUUUAAUCUAUAUAGUGUCCUGUUCCUGUGUACUUGAGGCAAAUAUUGAGCAUACGCCUCGUGGACUUUCGUGGAGAAUCAACAGGCUUAACCCGUAAGGAAUCCGAGAGGGGGAGACUGGAACUAGAGCGUGAGGCUAAACUAAACAGGAGAUCUCACUGGCAGCUCGAAUCCAACUCAAGCUGAUUUCACAGUCACUUUCGGCCAGGACUCGGCGAUAGAGCGACAGAGCGACAGGACGCAGAAGUUAUUAUAGAACAAACAACCAGAAGGAGGAGGAGGAGGAGCAGCAGCAGCACCAGCAGGAUCGACUAAGCCAAGUCUAUUAACAGGGCAAACAAGCCUCCCUCUGGAAGUGGGAGGGGGGAAAAAAACACCACCCUCGAAUGGGAAUGUGAGACGUGAAAGCUGGCAAUGAGGCGACAUCGAUGCCAGGAGCAGGAGCAGCAGCAGCAGCAGCAGCUGAAGAGGAGGCUGCCAGGAACCGAAUUGAAACAGUUAGCCGGCAAAUCGGAUUGCGAAUCUGCUGUAUUGACAUAAGGAAAUCGUUAGCCGGCUUAGGCCCUGCCCCACCCCCAUGCCGGGACCCACAAAGUGGAGCCGAAAUUUAAAAUUAAAAAUAUUGCAGAAAAGCGAAUGGCAGAAGGAGGAGUCGGUGGAAAUCAAAGACGGCACACAAAGUGAUAUGCUAAUGCGUUGGAUUUAGAGAGAGACAGAGACAGAGACGGAGAGAGCGACAGCGACAGCGACGGGUCGAGUGUUGGGGCAUGAAUAUUUCAUGAGGCCAAAGCCGAGCGAGAGACGACACAAAACGAGACGAGAGACAAGCCAAGAGCCAGCCCCAAGUGAUGACAAUAAGCUGUGACAUGGCGGCAAGUCGCUAGAGACAAGCUCAGAGCCAGCGCCAGAGCAGAGUGAGAAUCGGAGAAAGAGUAAGAGACGACAACACUUUCCUUUCCGCUGCAAGACAUGACAGAACUAAGACGAGCUAAUGGCCUGGACGCCUCCGUUCCGCGGCUCCACAAGCAGCUCUCGGUGCGGGGAGGGGGCCAGCAUCCCCAUCCCCAUCCCCACCCCCAUCCCCUGCUGCACUCGCUGGCGGAUCACGGCUGCAACCUGAGCAGUGGCGGCAACAGUGCGGCAAGCACCACGAGCAGCAGCACGGCCACGGCCACCACAGCCCUGGGAGGCGGAGGUGCCAGCAGUGGCGGAGGUGGCGGAGGUGUAGGAGGCCUGGGAAGCACUCAGCGCAGUGUGGAGUUCGAUGAGCAUGAUAUCUUCUAUGUGUCGCCAUCGAAGCGAAAAGGGGCUGACGGAGGAGUCCCUGCCAAUGGCUCUCUGGUGGCGCCACCCGGCAGCGGCAGCAACAGCAACAGCAACAGCAAUCACAAUGUGGUUACCUUCUCCAAUUUUGUGAGCGAACAGCGGGUGACGCCUGCCUCCUCCCAUCGCGGAUCGCUGAAGCGCAGCAAGGGACGCAGCAAUCAGUCGCUGUGCAGCUGCGACGCCGGCGACGAGGCACAGCUCCAGCUGCAGCCGGAUGCCGCCGCAAGGCCGCUCUUCGAGUACAGUCUGGAGCGGCGCCGGAAGACCCACACAUACUCGUGCGAGCAGAACGCACAGAUACUCAUGAGACUGGAGCGCGAGCGUAAUCGUAAAUUAUCGCUGACUUUACCCGGAUCCGCCAUCGAAAUGGGAAUGGGCACGGCAACCGGAGCAUUGGUGGACCUGCAGUGCGACACGCCCAGCUUGUCGGAUGUGGACAUCAUACCGCCCGUGCCGCCGCCGCCUGCCAUGAAGCGCAAUGGCAGCAUGCGGAGCCUCAGACUCUUGCAACAUCUGCAGCAGCAGCAGCAGCAGAAUCAGCAGCAGUUGACCUUCUCGGGCAGCCACAACAACAAUCUGGCUCAAUUGUGCAGCAGCGAUCUGUUGCAGGAGUGCACCAAAUCCGCACUGGACGAGUGCACGGCCACACUGCUCCAGUGCACCACAACCAGCACCGCCAAUCAGAGCAGCAGCAACAGCAACAGCAGCAGUAGUCAUUGCAACAACAAUAAUAAUGCGAAGCCAGAUAUCUGCCACACGCAUAGCCACAGUCAUGGCCACAAUCAUAGUCACAAUCAGAGCCAGGCCCAGAGCCAGAGUCUGAGCAAGCCGCAGAGCAAACAUGCCCCGAACCCGCCAUUUGCUGCACACGAGGAGGAUGAGAUUUUCACGCCCCACUCGAAGAAAUCGGAUCCGAGUCUGUGCUUCCUGCCACCAGCCACGGCUGCAGCCGGAAACGGAAGUGCUGCCUCGAAAUACAACACCAUCGGACCGAGCAGCGAUUAUGCCCGACACCUGGCCCACUACAGUCGCUACCUGCAGAAGCAGCACCACCAGCAGCAGCUGGCCCACUUCCAGCAGCAGCGUUGCCGCUGCUUCUCCCAGUCGCUGCUCAACUUCCCUCAGCAGCAACAGCAGCAGCAGCAGGGGGCCCAGCAGCAGCAGCACACAUUGCCACUGCAACAGCAGCCGGCCAUCUUUCACACGAGCAGCAUGGACUGGACAUUGCCAAUUAAUAGUCGCAGCUUUGGCAAUUUGGUCAACAUUGAAGGCAGUGCCAUCGGCGGUGGCUGCCGAGUGCCGUAUCAGAAAAUGCCGACACACCAGGGAGCCGGCAGCGGUGGUGCCUUGGCCGCGUCCACCUUCACCAUGACAUCGUUCGACAGCGACAUCGGAAUCGGAAUCGGACAUGGGCUCAAAGAACGCGAGUCGCAGACAUCGCUGCACCAGCAGGCACAGCCGCACACCCAUCCGCAUCCGCAUCCGCACUCGCACUCGCAUCCGCAUCAUUAUCAUGCACACCAUGCGGUCGUGGGUGGCUCGGGCUCCGGCUCCGUCACGCCACAAAAGCAUCACCAGCUGCACUCGAGCGUCACGAGCAUCAUGCCAUGGAAACACAGACAGUGUCCCAGUCGCGGUUCCUCCAGCUCGGGAACGAAUUCAUUCCGAUUCGAUGCAGCCAAGCAUUGGCUGGCUGUGAGCUCCAUACUCUUGAUAAUUGGGGCUGCCAGUGUGGCCGUGCCGCUGGCCCUACGUGUGGCAGCAAGUGCACCCUUUGAGGAACGCCUACGCGUGGCCGUUCAGCUGCUGGAUCAAGUGCCUUUAAUCGAUGGCCAUAACGAUUUACCCUGGAAUAUCCGCAAGUUCCUGCACAACAAACUCAACGACUUUAAUUUUGAUGAGGAUUUGCGCAAUGUAAUGCCCUGGGGUCGUAGCCACUGGAGUCACACGGACCUCACGCGACUGAAGAAGGGACGCAUAUCAGCACAGUUCUGGGCCGCAUAUGUGCCCUGCGAGGCCCAGCAUCGGGAUGCUGUGCAGCUCACUUUGGAGCAGAUUGAUGUGAUCAAGCGCCUCACGGAUCGGUACUCCCCGCAGUUAACCACGUGCACCUCGGCGCAGGACAUCAUUGAUGCCCACAAGAACCAACAGGUCUGCUCGCUGACUGGCGUCGAGGGCGGCCACUCCCUGGGCGGCUCUCUGGCCGUUCUACGCACUCUCUAUGCGAUCGGAGUGCGCUACAUGACACUCACCUCCACUUGCCACACGCCCUGGGCCGACUCGAGUUAUGCGGACGCACCGACCUUCAAUAUGAAACAUGGCGGACUCACCCUCUUCGGGAAGACAAUCAUCCGCGAAAUGAAUCGACUGGGCAUGAUGGUCGACCUAUCGCACGUCUCCAAGGGCACUAUGCGCGACGCCCUGGAGGUGAGCGAGGCCCCUGUGAUAUUCUCACACUCCUCCGCCUACGAGCUGUGCAACACGAGCCGCAACGUGCAGGACGAUAUCCUGCAGUCGCUCGCCAAGAACGGGGGCCUCGUGAUGGUCAAUUUCUAUUCGAAAUUCCUCUCCUGCAGCGACAACUCGACCGUGCACGAUGCAGUCGCGCAUAUUAAUCACAUUAAGAGCGUCGCUGGCAUCGAUCACGUUGGCCUCGGCGCCGGCUACGACGGCAUUAAUUACACACCCAAAGGCCUGGAGGAUGUCUCCUCGUAUCCGACCCUCUUUGCGGAGCUUCUGGGUGGCGGCUGGACGAUGGAUGAGUUGACAAAGUUGGCGGGCGGUAACUUUCUGCGGGUCAUGCAGCAGGUGGAGAAGCUGAGGGACGACAAAAAGACUGCCGGAGUCAAGCCGUACGAGGAUCACCCCAACUUCCGCACCGACGAUCCGUACAACUGCACCUCCAGCUAAUCGAACACCGGCCCCAAGCAAUCAGAGGUUGUACCAGAGAUCCACCCGACCCGGCGUCAGGCAACGAAUGAAUAAAGUUCUGCUUUUGCUGCAGCAACUUUGGAUUUCUAUGUAUAGAGGAUACAAAAUUUAGCAUACUCACAGUCUAGAUACACAUAAGAUUCGUAUAAGCUUUAAAUACAUAGUUAAUAGAUAUUUAAGCCAUAUUUAUAUGCCUGAAUAUCAGGCAGAAGAAAUAUUUUUCCUCUUUCCCCCUCCCUGUGUAAACGAAGCGAAUUUCUUUUGAUUUUGGUGACAAUCUACAGACUGCCAAAAAAAAAAUAUAUAUAUAUAUUAUAAGCUACACACAAAACCCUCAUAUUUAUCCCGUAAAUUUUGCUUUAUUUUCUAUCCAGAAAUAAUAUAACUUUGUUUCAAAAAACUCCAAGCUGGACCAACAAAUAAACCCAUUUCUCAUUUAGCCCCCAGAUAUUUCCAUUAUCCGAAUUAUUUACACGAAAACUACAUAUCAAAGUAUGUAAUAAAUAAACGAAUAAAACGAAAACAACAAAAGAAAAAGAUUAUAAAAAUAUUUAAAGUAAAUGAUUUUUUGCAUUCAAAUUCAAUGCAAAUAUUUGCUAGUGGGAAAGCAUACACUUAAAUGAAUAAAAUAAUAUAAAAUAUUGUAUUCAAAUAUGUAAACAGAACCUUAAAUAUAGUACUUUAGUCCCAGGCUUCAGGCGGGACAUAAAUUAAAUAUUUAGUUAAAUUUUUAAGCAGUUGCUGCAGUCGGACGGGGCUCAAACUGAAGAAUGAAUAGCGUAAUAAAUACUAAAUUAGUUUCUAAGUGUGUAAGUGUGGGCGUGGCACUGCCUACCGCACAGAAAAAUGUAAAUAGAUUCCAUAUGGAAUAUAGGAUUAAUAUAUGUACACAAUAGAAGUCACGAUUUCUCCAUAAUUUUCCCCCGAAGAACACAUCGCUCUGUCGUCAGUUUGUCAGUCUCUCUGUACCUUCUAAAAAAAAACCACAUGAAAGAACGAAAAUCUAGUGAAAUGCUCCUAGCCUAAGUAAACAAAUUAUACAUACACUAAACCGAAUUAUUGCAAGUGGAAAAACCCCCAAUAAUUGUGCAUUUCUCUAAACCGAAACCGAAGAAUAAUAACUAAUGCAAAUCUAUAUAAAUAUAUACAUGAAGAUCUAUUGUUACGUUUUUGUACGAUUUUGUAUGUGUAAAUAGCAUUUUUACCUAUGCUCUCAUUUGUAUGAUCAUUAUAUAGUUUUCUAGCAAAAAACCAUUUAAGCUAAAUACGAGUAUUGUAUCGGAUCAGAUUCUGACGCGGAGACAGUUGUUAGUUCAUAGGUCGCGGGUCGCGCCUGCAAGGCGUGGCUGCUAAAUAAAUAUCUGUAAAGUUUAUACAUAUAUGAAUAUGCCUAGAUAUUCAACCGAAGUAACAUACACAAACAUGCAUAUACACGCAUAUAUAUAAUACAGAAUCUCAAUUCUCCAAUCUCAAUUCCAAAACGAUUAAUCCUCUUUUUCGUUGGAUAUUUUUGGUUUUGGUAUCCGGUACACACACAGACACGCAUAUGUAAAACCAAAUUGUAGUUAAAAGCUUGAAAAUGGUAAAAUGUUUAGAAAAUAAAACUCAAAGGGCAACUGAAAUUUAGUAAUAUAAAACAAUUAAA